AUGUCAAUCUUAGAACUUAAUUUCUAUCCAUUCGUCAUAGCUACAUGCUUUUAUCUAUCAGUCUUUGUAAUUGCUGAAUUAACUCGUAAGCUUGUUGACAAAUAUGGAACGAAUGGUUCAUUACUAUUUUGUUUCCUAAUGGAACUAAUAGCAACAGCACAAAUGUGUACUUGCGUUUAUGAAAAUGCGGUGAUUAUUCGACAUUAUGGUUUGUUGGGUUUCUUUUUCAUCGUUACUUUGCUAAUUUUUUCUGGCAGUAUCAUGAAUCGAGAAGCGUUUGUCUCUCCACUAGUACCAAUUGAGCUGUACUAUAAAGGAAUAUUUCCGUUGAAGAGAUUAUUAGUAACAAUAGCUGGCGAAAUGAUUGGUGGUUAUUCGGCUUAUCGAUUAGCCCGUAGCCUAUGGUACUGGUCGUUGAAUUUAUUGUCUGAUCAUGUUCUUUUCUACGAGCUGACAAGUUGUAAACUUACUUAUAAGGUGUCAUUCCUGUUUGUACCCUGCUUUGAAGUCAUUGGUUGUUUUCUAAUGCGCUGUAUUCUUUGUCGCAUUCCGUUAAAUUUCAAGAAAUAUAUGGCUCCACUCGUUGUAUCUACACUCUUAACGUUUUCGUUACUAUUUGUUGGUGUUCCUGGACUUAAUCCAACAGUUGCUUCAUCACGUUUACAAGGAUGUGAUGGGUUAAAUACUAUUUGGUUUAUUUUGACAUAUUGGGUAUGUCCUGUAAUUGGUUGGAUGCUAUCAGUUGCUUUCGAUGAUUAUAGGAUCACUGGUGCUGAAAAGAAAACAGAAUAA